AUGUACUCUAUUCAAAACCAUUCGAUAGGAGAAGCUCCACAGUUUUCUUCGAAGGAGAGAGCAAUUUGGCGCAAGUGUAGAACACAAAUCACAUUCCGCGAAUAUAUGCGCUAUCAGGCUAUGACAGAUACGAGCCGUUUAUCGCUUCAUAAACAAAGGCGAUGUUUUAUGGUUGGUAGCCAGUACCUCAAUCUUGAUAUCUGUACCGUACUACCACCGUCAGCAUGCCCAUUGCAAAUCGACGGUCAUUUGAUGUUUCUUGAAACCUACACCACCAUUCCCAAGGGCGAACCACUACCUCUCCCAGAUUUCCUCACCAUUGAGAAGGAAAUUACUGGCCAGUCUGCAUACAGUAUGUAUUUUAUGUCUAAGAAACCAGAUGCGGUUUGCGAAGUAGAAGAAUUUUUUGGAGCCGCUGAAUUCAAGGACGAUUGAAUAAUCGUAUAAAAUGUCCAAGGAUGGAUGUAGAGUCGAAGAUUUUGAGUUAUUUCGAAAAUUGCUGAGCUGCCAUGAUCGAUAUGGUUAUAAGGUACGUAGAUUACGAACCGGUCGAUCAUUAUUGCUCAUUUAUCGGUAGGAAUCCUGUGACAGAGAAUCUAAUCAGUAUAGGGGUAUUCGUUAUGCAGCCAUGAUUAUGAAUCUUCAGUCAUACGUUUAUUUUCAUUUGCCUUUACCGUUUUACUUUCCGUUCUUUGCCAUCAAUAGAAGAGAUUAUACUUCCACAGCCGCCAUUGCAUUCCAUAUGUAAAUAAGUUUAUUGAGUUAUAGAAAUGUUUGUGGUAGAUGUCAGUACGUUACCCAACACAGCCCGAAGCAUUCCGAGUUUGUUGUUCUUGACAACAGCGCAGUCUUUCUAGCACUACGUUCUCACUGAUUUUGUAAUAUGUCUUUCAUUUCACAGCUUCCCUAUAUGUGUCUUCAGCUU